AUGUCUCAAUUUGAUAGCGUACUUGCCAAGACAAGGCAAGACAAGACAAGAACGGCCUUGGUGCAGAGCUCUGCAGCUCUGAGAGAGUCACCAGGCUCUUCGCCUGUCUGGCGCGAAGCAGACAGCCCAGGGCGCACCAUGAGGAGAUGGUCUGGUUGCGCGCCCUCAGGACCAGAAGCUCUAGGGCGGUCUAUCAACACGCGCCAUCUUCGAGCCCAACCCGCGCCAUCCUCAGCUUGCAGCGUUCUGCAGGCCGACGAUGGAACUCGUUGGACAGAGGCUAGCACUCUUGAGCGUGCUAACACACCGCUUUAG